AAUUUUCAGCGCGAAAGUACAAUCGUGUUUGUUUUGCGAGAGACGUUUUAGCUUUUGUCUGUGCCCGUCGGUUUUCUUCUUUAUUUGUCCACAAUACAUUUAAUUACAAGGGCAAUAGGUGAUCUGCCUUUUGUGCCCGAAGAAAAUGGAUACAGUUACAAGAAAAAACACCAACUUGAAAAAGGGUAACAAAGAGAAUGCCAAACCAGCAAGUGGACCCACUAAGUGCUUAAUUACCAGAGCUGCUCCUACUAAAACAGUGGCUGCUCAAUCUGCCCCUUUUCAUUCCAAGAGCAAUAAAAAGGAGGACUUGGGAAAGGGAGAAGAUGCUCUAAAGAAGGUCAAGACGGAGCAGAAGGAUGUGAAGGCGGCAACCACUGGCGAUACAAAGAGACGCAACACCUUCAGCCAAGCCUUCCUCACCAAACAGGCUGUCAGACAGAGAAAGCUGGUUGCAGAGGCCCCAAAGCCUCCAGCUACCUCCCAAUCUAAACCUGUUCCAAAGCCUCCAGCUACCGUCCCAGGCGCAUACAAAGGCAAGGUUGUCCAAUCCAAAAUAAGCUCCUUCAGGAAGCCUAGUGGCCUGGAGGGAGGGCUAGAAAGCAAAGCAGCUACGAAGACCGCGAUGACCAAAGCUAAGAGCCAAAAGCCUGGAAAUUUGACAAAGGUCAAGUCCAAAUCUGUUGCUGACUUGCCUGGGCGUGGCAUGUUUAAGCCCCCCCAAUCAUGUCAACCCUCAAGAUCCAAGUCUGUGUCCAAUGGGCCUCCUCCAGUCUCCAAGUGCCCAGUCCCAGCUAUACGCCGUCCCACAGGCUUUCACUCUGCAGACCCUCCUGCCAGAACUCCUCCAUUUACCACAGCUCGCCCAAGCUCCACUAGGUCUGCCAUGACAUCUAAGAGGAAAGAGCUGCCACAGGGCACCAAGCCUAAGAUGACAGUGGCAACCGACAAGAAGGUUCACAAAAUUCCAGUUGCCAGCACCCGAAGCCAGUACAGUGCUAACACAGAAACUGCUGAAGAGAGAAGGACAAAGCUGGCAGAGUGGCUGGCAUCCAAGGGAAAGACUCUGAAAAGGCCUCCCAUAUCUGCAGUGGCACCUCCAAAGUCUAAACCAGUUGUGCAGCCAGAACCUGAAGUGCACCCAGAAUCCACAGCUGUCUCUCAACUAGAGACCAACGUUGCGCCUCAGCCCUCUGACCAGGAGCCACAAGAACCUGUUACUGAGCCUGAACUGACUGUUCGGCCUAAAAACGACCAGGUGGUCCCUGAGCAGGAGGCAGCCUGUGCCUCAACUCCACUGACAAUUAACACUACAUUGGACCUGCUUUACAACUCUGAUACAGAUUUUCUCCCUGUUGAUCCAGAGGUCAGAAUGAAUGUUGUGGUCAACCUUUGUGAUGCUUUGGAGGCAUUGGAGAAGCCCUCAGCAUGUGUGGAUGGUACAUUUUGUGAAGAGCCGAAUGAGAAAAGGGAUGAAUCUGAAGAGGAGAAAAUGGUGGAGAGACUGUCAAAUAAGGAAUUUGAGGAAAGGAAUGAGUCUCCUGAGAAUAAUUUAGACAAGUCGGAGGAUGUUGAAGUGAAAAGUGAAGUAGGAGAGGGGGCUUCAGAGCAGAAAGUAAGGAAGGGUUAUAUUAAUGAAGUUGAUGAUGACGACGACCGCUUGAUGGAGACGACACCAGAGGCAGAUGGCGCAUCGGUGGUGAAAUACAGUGUGAAGACAACUCCAUACCUGCAAAGUGUUAAGAGAACAAUCGACGGUGAGGCAUGUGCAAGUGGUUCCAGGCGAAAGAGCACCAUCAAGGAUCUGAAGUUCCUGACUCCAGUCCGUCGUUCCUGUCGCAUCCAGCGCACGUCAUCCCGCCUGCCUGGGAUGCUGACAGACCAUGACACCUGUGUGUCCUCGCUGGCUGAGCUGGUGAAACUGGACGAUGAUGCCAACGCCUACAUCUACAGGAGGAACCCUGCCCUUCUGGAGUACCUGCCUGACCAUCCCAAAGACCUGGAGAGGAUCUGAGUCUUUGGAUGAGUGUGAAGAAGAGGCCGGAAAAGGAAGAUAAAUAAUAUGGAACUGAUCGGCACUUUACAAAAGGGGUUUUAAAAUAAUGAAAAUAGCUGAUUUGCUGUCUUAUUUUACAUAAUGGUUGUUAAUCCAAAUUGUGAUAUGGACUAUGCGUGGCAACAUACUACUAUUACUAAUCCACUAAGACUGGUGCCUCAAUUAGGCAUGUCUUUUGUUUUUCUGUUUCUUGUUUCCCUUUGUGUUGCCACUUCUCAUAAGGAAGACUGAUUUGCUAUACCUUGAUAUGCUAGAUCUAUUUCAUUUGUUAUUGUAUAUAUUAUCUCUGCUGUCUUACUGUGUUUUAUGAAUGUAUUGUUUCUUUUAAUGGCAGAGUUGAUAAGUUAACAAAUAUCUACCACAGUUUUACCAUAGAUUUAAUUAUGUACAACACCUUUUAUCAGCAAAUAAGGACAUGUGUGUUGCACAUCAAGGAAAAGUAACACUAUAAAAAAAGACCAAACUAGGUGUCUGGUGGAAUUAUUGCUGUUGCAAUUUUAAAUGGGAAAUCGUGCAAUGAACAACUUGAAAAAUGUAUUCCAAUAAAUUGACAACUCACUGGA